AUGGCAUCUCACACCUCGCCACUCACGGCGCUGGUCGUGCCAGAGCCCUCGGAUGCGGGCACACCGGGCUUCGGCUGGUCCUCCCCCUCCCCCUCCCAAUCUUCCGGCGGGAAUCACAUCGAGUCCAGGGCCCAGAGGGCCGCCAGCAAGCGGAGGGCCGCCAGUGAGUGGAUCGGGAUGGCGCUGGGCGUCAGCGUCCCACACGAGACCGACCAGGCCUUCCGCCGCGCACUGGCCGACGGCGUCACCCUGUGCCGCCUGGUCAACUGGCUGCGCCCGGGGUCCAUUCCCAAGGUCGUGGAGGCCAUGCCCGACGGCUCCGGCACCCCCUCCCAUGCCACCGGGGAUGUGAUCCAGACCUUCGAGAACGUGACCAACUUCAUCCGCGUCGCGCGCGACCUGACGGGGGAGACCUUCAGCGCGCGUGACUUGGAGGAGGGCGGGGAGGAGCGCCCCGGCCUGGUGGCCAAGCACGGCCUGGCCGCGGCGGCGGCCGACGCGCCCGACGGGCUGAACCACCUCAUGCGCUCCUGCACCCACAUGCUGCGCAGCCGCAUGGGCCUCGGCGCCUCCUCGCCGGCGCCCGACGCUGGGCCGCGACGGGGCGACGAGGCCGAGGCCGGCAGCACUCAGGCGCCGGUCCCCGCCUACGCGCUGGACGCGGUGGGGCCCGUGCUGGAGAGCGUGCUCAGCAACCUGACCUCCGAGUACGAGAAGCGGCUGCUGGCCAAGGACCAGGACGUGGUGGAGCCGGGCCCCGACGGCGCGCUGGGCGUGUACUCCGCGCGCCACGGCCGCUGGCACCACUUCCGCUUCGACGCGGUGUUUGGGCAGUCCGCCGACCAGGAGGAGGUGUACGCCGAGACCGCGCCCCUGGUCCGCUCCGUCCUGGACGGCUACAACGUCUGCAUCUUUGCCUACGGCCAGACCGGGUCGGGGAAGACACACACCAUGUCAGGGACGGACGUGGGCCGCUUGUCGGGCCGCGGCGUCAACUACCGCACCCUGGACGACCUGUUCGCGCUGCGCACGGAGCGCGCCGCCGAUGCGCGCUACGCCAUCCGCGUGCAGCUGCUGGAGAUCUACAACGAGACCCUGCGCGACCUGCUGGUGGAGGGCGCGGCGGCCGGGGGACAGGCGCGCAGCCUGGCCCUGAACAACACCGCGCGCUCGGGGGUCAACGUCCCCGACGCCACGCAGGUCACGGUGGAGUGCACGGAGGACGUGCUGCGGGUGAUGGAGCUGGGGGCACGCAACCGUGCGGUGGCCGAGACGAGGAUGAACGAGCGCAGCAGCCGCUCGCACCAGGUGCUGACCAUCCUGGUGGAGGGCGAGGGCCUGAACACCCGCGCACGCACCCACGCCUGCCUCCACCUCAUCGACCUGGCCGGGUCGGAGCGCAUCGGGAAGAGCGGCGCGGAGGGCCAGCAGCUGGUGGAGGCGCAGCACAUCAACAAGUCCCUGUCCGCCCUGGGCAACGUAAUGCACGCCCUGGCCUCCAAGUCGGCCCACAUCCCCUUCCGCGACUCCAAACUGACACAGCUGCUCCAGGACUCCCUGGCGGGCCAGGCCAAGACCAUGAUGUUUGUGCACGUGGCGCCUGAGGCCUCCAGCCUGAGCGAGACGCUGUCCACGCUGAACUUCGGCAAGGGCGUGACGGAGAUCACGCUGGGCGCGGCCAGGAAGAACACGGAGCCGGGCGCGGUGUUCGAGGCGCGGGACGCGGCGGGUCGGCACGAGCGCGAGGCCGCCGCCGCACGCGUCGCGCUGGCCGAGCGCUCCGCGCGCUGCCAGGAGUUGGAGGGCGAGGUGGAGGCGCUGCACCUGGCCCUGGCCGCCGCCAACCGCAUGGCGGCGGAGGGCAGGGCGGCGGCCGCGGCGGAGCGUCCCGCGUCAGCAGGAUCCCCGGGCUGA